AGCUUAGAGGGCCAGACAUCAUUCUUCGGGUGCGUGAGAGUAGAAUUUAUUUAAACAUUCAACACGUGAGGUUAGAAAAAUUAGAAGCAGUACACCUAAUUGAUAGAAUAUAAUUUUUUUAUUGUAAUUGUGUGUCAUAGCUUAAUUCAUCGCUAUUUAUAAUGAAACUGAAUGGGACUGUUUCUAAUGUCACAAUUCAACCUACUAAAAUCCAACCGAUCAUUGUGAAUUUUCAAAAUGGUAAAUUAAGGAAUAAUUAUGCAACAAAAAUGAAGUGCGGCUUAUUUUACGCUGAAAAAUGUAACAAAUCAGUAUUAGGAAUCUCAAAUGAUCAUGUUGUUUACAAAGGGCAUCGCCCAAAGAAUCAAUCAACUUACACAAUGUUAGCAAUCCAUAAUAAAUCAACAGGUAAAAUUAGAUUGAUUCAAGCUGAACGAUGGGUAGUUUCUCCUACUAUUAAAAAUCAACUAGAAUACAGUGAGAAUAUCGAAGUCGACCAGAAUAAUUUACUUAACACACAAUUCGGUACAAAAAAAGUUAAACGACGAACCGUGCAAUAUGGAAAAAUGAAAAUCAGCGUAGAUGCAGUUAAAGACCAACUUACGGAAACUGUUGCACAUGUAGAAAUCGAUAAAAAUGAUUUGAAAGUUGAACCAGUUGAAGAUAAGCUUACUAGCUUACCACCAUGUAAUAGGAAUGCAUCCUCGACUGAAGAAGUUUAUAACUUAAAUGACAUUAUUCCCGCUGAAAUACUUACACUGAUCUGUGAGAAAUGUGAUGAUAUAUUACAAAGUGUUGGAAACAGGAAUUCACGAUUUUAUGCUGAUGUUCUCAAAUCACUGGAUCGUGACUCUCAAAAAAAGAAAAAAAUUGCCAUACUAGAAUUUAUCAAUGGCAUUUCGAAAUGGUUAAGUAUGAACGUUAGAGAAGCUAAAAGAAGAAGCUCUGAAAUUUGCAUAAUCCCAGAAGUCAGUUUUUAUAUCAUCGACACUUACAGUAUGAUUAGCGCGAGUGGAAGAAUACGCCCAAUGAGUAUGCGAGACAAAGCCGUAAUACACAGCAUCAUCUUAGCUUUGAUGGUGAACGACUAUAAACUAGAUUUAGACUCUUUUAAUGAACAUAUGACUUGUCGUCUAAGCAUAAAGAAAUUAACAGAAUUAGCUAGAGUUAUUGGAGCUGUUCCAAACAAAGACAAUAAACAACGAGUUUCAUUAAAAGUUCCGCUACCUAAUGUAAUUAAUGUAGUCAAAAGAGUGAUAAAAAAAAGAUAAUCCACUUUAUUUUUUAUGUAAUUCUAUUUAAAAUAAAAAUUAGCUAUUUUA